AUGGCACUGACGGCGGGAGCCCCGGAGUCGCAUUCUCGUCCUUUACCCUCAGUAUGGACGUCGGCAGACGCGGCGGGAACCAUGCAAGAAGCACUCGAGGCCCUUGAUACUUACAAAAAGAAGGACUUGACCAAAGUCGUCGUGAGGUUCAAGGCAGUGGGCAAUGCGCCUAUUAUGAAGCAGAACUUCUACAAGAUCUCCGCGUCGAACAGAUUUCAGGCGGUCAUUCAGUUCUUGAGGAAGGAGCUUGGCUGGAAAGCUGGGGACCCGCUGUUCACCUACAUCAAUCUUGCCUUCUCGCCAGCCCCGGACGAUACUGUCGCGAACCUGUUCAAGUCGUUCUCGACCGACGGGCAUCUCAUCGUAAACUAUAGUACUACGGCUGCAUGGGGCUGA